AUGUCUUCGCCAGCGCAGCGACGCUCACAGCGCAACUCUGCAUCAGCGACACCGCGAAGGAGCGCCCGCAGCUCCCAAGUUCCCCCCAGCAGCCCCCUUAGCAACCGUAGCGCCGACGAUCAGCUUCGCUCAGAGGCGUCUGAUGCUUCACAACGGCAAGGUUCGCAAGCAACACCGAGAGCAGCAAGACUACAGCCAAAUGUCGCUGCUUCUUCCCCUCUCUUCUUCCGCUCGUCACCAGCCAAUGGCUCCGUCAAUGGCUCAGGGGCUGUCAAUGGAGCAGUCCCUAGCUCACCUACAAGGCAGCCUGCGAAUGGCACAGAUGGUGACCGGACGCCAAGAGCAUCUGGUAUCAAUGUCGGAGAAUCAUCUCCCAUCCGCUACGCCUCCAGCUCCAGCCCCCAGCGCGCCGCGAAUGCGCAGAGAUCAGAUGUGAUCCGAAGCAGCAGCAGCGCGCUUUUCGUGCGUUCCGGUUUCUCUGACGGCCCAGCGUCGUCGGCUCGCAAUCGGCGCAGUGAUAUCAAUUCAGACCUCCUCACAAACAACACGGGACGACGUCGACGACUCUUUGUAGACGAGAAUGGCAUGCCAGCGGGCAGCACUCUGUCGGAUACUGCGACCUUCUCCAACGUCGACCCGCAAACAUCGGAAGCUGAAGCGCUUGGCGGCACUGGCACCCAGCUCAUCUGGGGAACGAAUGUAUCGGUGAACGAUGCUUUGUUCGCAGCCAAGGACUUCCUGCGUAACUUCCAGAAUAAGUAUCGCCUGAUUCAAGAUGGCGAACUGGAGUCUAGCAGCCACCUGCCUGCAGAUCACCCUGGAAAUACAAAGCAAUACGUGGAGAUGAUGAACACGAUGCUCGAAUUGAGCGUGGAUAAUCUGAACUUGGACUGCCGCAAUUUGAAGUCUUACCCGCCUACGCGGAAGCUGUGGCAUCAGAUGCAAGCUUUCCCGAACGAGAUUAUUCCGAUUGUCGAUCUGGCAGUCAAGGAUGUUAUGGUCGAGCUCGCUGAGAAGCGGAUGAAUGAGCUUAGGGUGCAGGCAUCGCAGCAGGCUCAGAGAGACGCUCAUACUCGAGAUUCCAGCUCUAUGCCUCGGAUUCCAAGUUCUGACGCUCCGGAUGGUCAGACGGCUAGGCCGAACGGCGCUGCCUCCGGCCUUGCCGACAUUCAUGAUAUCGUUAGAGAGGUGGAGGGAAAGAUAUACAAGGUCCGGCCUUUCGGCUUAGACCAGACGAUCAACCUGCGGGAGCUCAACCCUGGUGACAUGGACAAGCUUGUCAGCAUCAAAGGUCUUGUCAUUCGUACGACUCCAAUCAUUCCGGACAUGAAGGACGCCUUUUUCCGCUGCGCUGCUUGCGGCCACACUAUUAAGGUCGACAUUGACCGCGGCAAGAUUGCUGAGCCCACAAGAUGCCCAAGAGAAGUUUGCAGCUCCUCCAAUUCUAUGCAGAUUGUGCACAACCGAUCUGGCUUCUCUGACAAGCAAGUCAUCAAGCUCCAAGAGACACCGGACAACGUCCCAGACGGCCAAACCCCGCAUUCCGUCUCACUGUGCGCGUACGACGACCUUGUCGAUGUCUGCAAAGCUGGUGACAGAGUCGAGGUCACGGGCAUCUUCAAAUGCACCCAAGUGCGCAUCAACCCGCGCCAACGCACCGUCAAGAACAUCUUCAAGACCUAUGUGGAUGUCCUUCAUAUCCAGAAAACCGACAAGCGACGCCUCGGCGCCGACGCCUCCACUCUUAAUGAAGAGCUCGCCGAGCAAGCCGCCGGCGGCCCAGAUGCGGUUCGCAAAGUGAGCGAGGAAGAAGAAGCUAGGAUCAGGGAGGUCGCCGCGCGACCCGACGUCUACGAGCUUCUGUCACGGUCUCUGGCUCCCAGCAUCUACGAGAUGGACGACGUGAAGAAGGGCAUCCUCCUGCAGCUCUUCGGCGGUACCAACAAAUCCUUCGAGAAGGGCGGCAGUCCAAGGUACCGCGGCGAUAUCAAUGUGCUGCUAUGCGGCGACCCUUCGACUUCAAAGUCCCAGCUCUUGCAGUACGUGCACAAGAUUGCUCCUCGCGGCGUCUACACGAGCGGCAAAGGCUCCUCCGCCGUCGGACUCACAGCAUACGUAACCCGCGAUCCCGAAACACGUCAGCUCGUCCUCGAGUCCGGGGCCCUGGUCCUCUCCGACGGCGGCGUCUGCUGCAUCGAUGAGUUCGACAAAAUGAGCGACGCCACACGUUCCGUUCUACACGAGGUAAUGGAACAACAAACCGUCUCGAUCGCUAAAGCCGGCAUCAUCACGACCCUCAACGCGCGCACCUCCAUCCUGGCCUCCGCCAACCCAAUCGGCAGCAAAUAUAACCCCGCGCUCCCCGUCCCGCAAAACAUCGACCUACCCCCCACGCUCCUCUCGCGCUUCGACCUCGUCUACCUCGUCCUCGAUCGCAUCGACGAAGCCAACGACCGCCGCCUCGCGCGCCAUCUCGUGAGCAUGUACCUCGAAGAUGCCCCCGCGAACGCUUCCGCGCUCGAAAUCCUGCCCGUCGAGUUCCUGACAGCUUACAUCUCGUACGCGCGGUCGCACGUGCAGCCCAAACUAACCCAGGCGGCCGCGAUGGCGCUGAGCGACGCCUACGUGGCGAUGCGGGCGCUCGGGGCGGAUGUGAGGGCGCAGGAGCGCCGUAUCACGGCCACGACGAGGCAGCUGGAGAGUAUGAUUCGGCUUGCGGAGGCGCAUGCGAAGAUGAGGCUUGCGACGGAGGUCACGGCUGAGGAUGUCGAGGAGGCUGUUAGGCUGAUUAAGAGCGCGCUCAAACAGGCGGCGACGGAUGCGCGGACGGGGUUAAUUGAUAUGGGAUUGUUGACUGAGGGCCAGAGCGCGAGCGAGAGGCGCAGGAAGAAGGAUCUGGCGGAGGCGGUUGUGGAGAUGUUGGAUGAGAUGACGAGAGGGGGUGGGGCUGUUAGGGUUGCGGAGGUGGUGAGGAGGGUUGGGGAGGGAAGUAGUAUUCAGGUGGAGGGGAAUGAGGUUAUGGAGGCCCUGAGGGCGCUGGAGGUUGAAGGGAGGGUGCAGCUUACGGGUGAGGGGGUGAGGAGAAUGGUUAGAAGGAUUACUGGGGUGGUUUAG